GCGCGUCUUCUGGCCCAAUAGUGAUACGCAAUUUGGACGUUUGCAGGAUUACGUUGUUGAGCUGUGGACGGUUCGUUGUGUUUAUCUGAGUAAUUUGCACCCAUCUAUGGACCAGAAGAUCCCGUAUGAUGACUACCAGCUUCCCGUGGUCUUCCUUCCCUCCUACGAGAAUCCUCCAGCCUGGAUCGCACCCCAAGAUCGGAUCCACCACCCAGACUACAACAAUGAGCUGACGCAGUUUCUGCCUCGCACCGUGGUGUUGAAGAAGCCACCGGGAGCACAGCUGGGCUUCAACAUUCGCGGAGGGAAGGCUUCCCAACUCGGCAUCUUUAUCUCCAAGGUUGUCCCUGAUUCGGAUGCCCACAGGGCUGGCCUUCAGGAAGGAGACCAGGUGCUUUCCGUGAACGAUGUGGACUUCCAGGACAUCGAGCACUCCCGGGCAGUUGAGAUUCUGAAGACAGCAAGAGAAAUCGUGAUGCGGGUGCGGUUCUUCCCCUACAACUACCAGCGGCAGAAGGAGAGAACUGUCCACUAGAGGGCGUCGUAUCGCAGUGCAGUGGGAGGGUUUGUUUCUUGGUCAGAGAAGGCGAGGUGGCUUUGGGGAGACAGAUGACAUCGGCAACUGCCCGCAACUGCUUCUUUUCCUUAUCAGCACUACAGUGUCCGCACAGCCAUUGUUCCAGACACACACGUAUGUACGUGCGUAACUAAAUACAUUGGCAACGAGCCCCAUUGUUAAUCAUGAACCUCUUAAACGUUUGUCACCAGAGAGAUCAGUCAUAGGCGGUACACUUUGGACCUCUGAUAUACCAUAUCUAUUCAGGAAUUCAGUGCCUUGCUGGCAUGUAGAGGCCCUGUGGAGGUAGUCAAUCGCUCUGGAGAGACUUCUUGCGCAAGAAAUGGGUAUUUGAGUAUGUGUGCACACCCUUAAUUGGGCCAGAUCAUUGUUGCACAACCUGUGAGCUGGCCUGCUUAUGGUGAGUGUGUCAUCUGUCAGGACGGAGCAGAGAUAAAACCCUUGGUGGCUCAUUCUCUAUAGAGAGAGGAGCAGGAGUGAAGUUGCCUUGAGGAAGUAUGCUACACCAUAUGGCAGCUUAACACUCAUUUUACAUUUAUCAUGUUAGUGUGUGUAGUGGGGCAUUAGAUUUUAACUUUGACAUCCUUUUUAGAUGUUCUGGAUAAGAGUACCAGCACUUCUGUAGGUCAUUAGGUAAAUACUCAGGUCCUACUAUAGUAACUACUGAGAGAAAAAGUGACACUAAUAGUUCAAGGUUUCUGUUUCUAAUUUUGGUUCUCGUGAUGGAACAUUCUAGCACUGACACCUAUGUAGUAUGACUAAGAAGGUGGGGUGUAUGUUUUGUACUGAAUUGCCCAGCAUUUAUACAUUAAGCAAUGGUGUUAUAGUUACUCUUGCUGUCCACACAACUAUGUCCCUUGUUCUACAGGUAGACUGCAGUGCUUUUAAUAACAUGGGUGUAAGUCCCAGUGAGGAUUCUGUUCAGUGUGUGCAUGUUUUGAUCCCAUGAACAUUAGUACAGUGACACAGAAAUGAAGCUUUGGCCUGCAGUUUGUUUUGUACACAAAGGAACUAGAUACUGAUCUGCAGCAUUGAAUUUGUUUCCUGUUCUCUGUCUUGGUGUUGUCUUGCAUUCUUUUCCCUCUUUUACCUUG